AUGGCCAAACCCGAACAGCCUGACACCGCCGGCAAAGAGUGGGCAGGUGCAACCGCCACAAAGUUCGACAACAAAGCGUACAGCGAAUACUUCGAUCCGUGUCAAGAGGCCGCCGACAAGAGCAUACGCUGCUUGAAGCGCAAUGGCGGGGAGCGCGCCAUGUGUUCUGAUUUCUUCCAGGCGUAUAGGGAUUGCAAGCAGCAAUGGAUGGAGGCGCGCAAGGAGGCGAGGAAGAACAAGCCUUGGUUUAGCUAA